AUGUUCUUUUCGAGAGAGCUUAAAGAGGCAAAAGCUCAGGAGUUCAUUAAUUUGAGGCAAGUUUCGAUAACAGUCCAAGAGUACGGGCUUAAGUUCACCCAAUUCUCCAGGUAUGCUCCUCACAUAGUUGUCGAUUCCAGGAUUCAGAUGAGUAAGUUUCUAUUUGGGGUAUCUGACUUGGUGAGAACAGAGUGUAGAAAUGUUAUGUUGUUGGAAGAUAUGAACAUCUCUAGGCUCAUGAGUCAUGCUCAGCAGGUUGAGAGAGACAAGCUUAGAGAACAGGCCAAGGAGAACAAAAAGGCUAGGACAGCACCGUCAUCAGCUAGUGUUCCAUCUUCCAGGUUUCGACAGGAUCAAAAAGGUAAAGCAUCAGGCUCUAAGUCUCAGGGGAGUGUUUCAGGCACCAGGACCUACCUAACUUGUCCAAAGUGUGGUAAUAACCAUCCGGAGGAGUGUCUUAGAGGAAAGGAAGGAUGUUUUGGGUGUGGUCAGUCUGGUCACAGGUUGCCCUCUUUUAAACAGGUUCAAGGAGGCAAUAAUGGUAAGGCUCAGUCUACAACUUCAGCAGCACCAACAGGUCACCCGACUUAG